AUGUUUCGGCGCUUCCGGAAGGGCGCCGGCUCCACGGCGGGCUCGCAGAGCGGCGCCGCGCCGGCGCUCGCUCGCGGGAAGCGCCCGGAGGAGGAUUCACCCUCGGAGGCCUCGACGGCCGCUGUAUACACGACGCUGAACGAGGAUGUUUUCUACAAGUUCAUUGGGCCGCAGUGGCACCAGGAGCGGCUGCAGGCGCUCGAUUUCUCGUCCUCAGCCUUCUGCCUGGAGACGCUCACGGGACGCGAGGGCGGCCUGCUCAAUCCUCGGCUCAAGCUGCAGAAUAUCGCGGAGCUGGAUCUCAGCAACAACGCGCUGUCCGACGGCGCACACGAAGAAGGCGGCGGCGUCGGCGAAGUCGUCAGUGCCGCGAACGGCUUUCGACGUCUCACCAAACUGAUUCUCACCCGAAACCUCAUCGAGCGCCUCGAGCUCUCUCUCCCCUCGCUCCAAGUCCUCGUCGUCGACGCCAACCGCCUCACUGCCAUGCCGCCGCUGCAAGGCGUUCGGAACUUGGUUGUCCUCAACCUCGCGCACAACCGAAUAUCCGACUGGUGGAUCGGCAUCGACCAGUGCCCGAAGCUCCAGGUUUUAGACAUGUCUUAUAACGAGAUGACGUUUCUGCCAAGCCAAGCUGUCGAUCACUUGCAGGCCUUCUCCAGCCUCAGAUACAUGCGGGAGGUCGAUCUGCAGGGAAAUCCGUUUUCGCGUUUGUUUCCUGAGUACGCUGCGGUGCUGCUGCACGUUACGGGUUACGCGGGUGCGAAGCUUCAAGUCGUCGACGGCGAGGAAGUCUCUCCUUCGGGUCGCGCGGCGACUGCGCAGGACAGCGCCGCGGUCCUCGCGCGAAUUAGCGAGUACGACGACCUGUAUCUCGAUCGCCAGGAGGCUGCGGAGGACCGACCAGAGGGCUCUCGAUACGCCAAGGUCGACCCGGAGAAAACCUCCGCGUCGGUGCUGCACAUGACUCGCCUGCUUGAGACGGCCCUUCAGGAGCGCCACGACCGCGCCAUCGAGCUCGCGGUGACGUUCUUCGAUCUCUGUGGCCAGGUGUACAACGCCGAUGACAAGGAAGCCACGAAAGAGCUUUGGGCGACGGUGAAUCGGUCGGGCGAGGCCAGAAGGGCUCUCGUGAAGCAGAUGGUGGACAGCGCUCUCGUCUUGAUGGAGCGCGAUGAACAGUCGCGACCCCUCGUUCUCCGGGGCCUGGCCAAGCUCUGCGUGGUGAAGGAAGGCGACAUGAGCGUCGAGUGCCUGCGCGUUAUUUCGCGGCUCAUCCAGCAGCAGGAAGCGGCUGGCGGCGCGGAGUCCGAGAGCGCCGACGCCGCCCAAGUGCUCGCUGAGGUCGUCCUCCCUGCGCUCAAGUCUCGCGCCGACGACGAAUACCUUGCCCUAGCGGUGAUCAAAGGCAUCGCCUCGAUGAAGCCCUGCAGGCGACUGGCGGAGGCCCUGGGAAGCUGCAUCGCACUACUCUCAGAGUUGCUGCAGUCCUUCGCCACUGAGGCCACGAUCUACCGCGUCGUGGCGACCGCAUGCCUGACCGCGGAGAACUGCAUAGAGGCGACUGGACAAGGCAUUCCUCAGUCGAUUUGCCAAACGCUUCUACAAACCGAACUUCCCACCGACGACGAAGGCCGGCAGCUCUACAACGACCUGUGCAGUAUCGCAGGGCGCUGCGCGUGGCAUGUGAGGAAGGCGGCGCUGUACAUGACGAAGGCGCGACUCCACAGCGAGGUGUAUCUGUUCUACAUGCGCGACCUGAUUGGCGAGCGCGAGGCGACGUCUCGGCUCUCUGUGCGGGAGGCAAAGCUCUGCUACGGGCUGAUGAUGGGGCUCUACGGAAUGAUGAAAAACAACGAAGAGGCUAUGCGCGAAUGCUGCGAAAACUAUCACCUGGUGGACCUGCUUCUGCCUGCGCUGAAGGAGGGCAUUGCGAACCCGCUUAUUCUCUCCGCGAGCGCCACAGGCAUGCGGGUGAUUCUCGAGGACUUCAAUCAGCGAACGCAGCUGCUGCGAUACGUCACUGAGGAAAUGAAUUACUUAGUCCCGCUGCUGCAGUACCUCGGGGGCUCGCGGUAUCCGGCGAUCUGCGACCAAGCCACGUAUCUGGAGCGCAACGUUGACAGCCUUGCGUUUACUCCUGAGGUGCCGCCGCUGUCGGGGCUGCAGAAUCCGUACGUCCUGAAGCCUCUCGCGGCCAUCGCAAAGCUCAUCGCUUUCUACUUGACUGAAGAAGACAACGUCUACUGCCUCGGUAUAAAUGACAAGCUCUACGGCGCGCAUCGCGAGCGGUAUCUGUUGAAUUUGCUGCAGGUCCGAGACUCCGAGGUGAAGCUCGCGGCCAUGGAGUGCGUCGCGAAGGUUCCUAUUCGCUUUCUCGAGGUGGAGACGCUGCAAACGGUCCUCGCGCUCCUGCCAGCGCUUCACAACCCUGAGAACGGCUGCAACAGCGCAGUCCUCCGUCUGGCGGUGCAGCUGCUGACUCGCGUAGUUGCAGACCCACACAGCGCGGCCUGUGCCCAGCUCGUAGAGCGCCUCGCAGACCCAGCCAUCGAGCAAGUCUUCAACGUCCUGCACAGGAACCUGACCUUCCGCUCCUCCACGGCGAGGUGGGAAACGCACGCUGACAGAGAGCAGCUGAGCAUGGCUUGCGUGGAGUAUUUUCGCCGCGCCUCCUCAGUCGAAGGUCUCCGUCUCUCGAUGCGGACGAAGCCGGUCGGCACGUUCUUCGCGUCGAUCUUGAAGGCGGAAGAAAACCAAUUCAAGUGGGUGUCUGCGGAUGCAUUCGACGUCGCCAUCGAACGCUCCUGGACCGGCCGCGACAUGAAAAUUCUCCUCCUCAACCUCUCAGGGCUCGAGCGCUGCAACGUGCGCAUGAAGGUCGCCUUCCGCCUUCUGUCAAGAAUGGCAGACGUGCUGGAAGGCCACCCAGAUACCUUCGAUGCGCGCGAGGACCAAAUCAGCCUUUCGCUGCUUGCGAAGCGCGAGCGCUCCAUGUGGGACGACCGCGAGAUCCGGAGGAAUCAGCUCUACCUGGAUGAAGUCGAGCGACAGGACCGCGCCAUCCAGCAGGCGGAGUUCGCUCGUCUGAACCUCGCGGAACGCCUCCUGCUUUUCCUCAUGCCUGUUGCCAGCGGCGCGACAGGAUCGCGAUACGCACAGCUGAAGCGCGAGAAGCGCGAUGCUGAGUACUGGGCGGGUCGGCUGAAGGCUGACGUGGAGGACAUGGAAGACGACAUCGCUCGCAGGGCGGCAGAGGCUGAGGCAAAGGCCCUCGCAGAGGCCGGGGAGGACGCGCCGAAGCUGAAGCCGACGCCGAAGAUGGCCGCGCGGCAGCACGCCCGCAACCGGUUCAGGAAAGAUCAGAACGAAGAAGAGGAGGACUUUGACGACCCUGCGCUGGAAAACCUGAAACCGGAGGCUGCCGAGCCUUUGCAGAGCCGCGAACGCCUGAUGGAAGUCCUCAUGAACGUCGAUCUCAGCGUCGACCCCGAAGUUGGCGCGCUGUAUACACAUAGCGGCGCACAAAUGUGUGGAGCCGAAGGAAUCUGGCACAACCUCGCGAAAGGAGAAAUCAACGUUCCGCUGCUCGUCUCUGCGUACCUCAGGUGUCUUCACGCUUGCACGCAGGGCGCGACGACGGCGACCGUGUUGAACGACACGAUUUCAGCGCUACGGAGAGUCACCGUGCUGCGGAAACUUGUAUCACUUAUCGAGGCAUGCCCGGUGCUCACGUGCCACAUAUCCGCCAAGUUCUUUUGUCUGAUGAAACUCGUGAUCCGGAUGCUUCCGCACCAAGCUGCGGAAUCCAUGGAUCUUAUUAUUAACUAUGAGAUCAUCUCUGAGUUUUCCAUGUACGCCCUGCGUCCGCUCCUCUUCCUUCUGAAGCACUCGGCGAGUAGGCCCCUGAAUCGCGAAGAGCUGAUUCUGUGCGCCGAAGCUGCGAGUUUCUACGCGAUCGUUGCACGGCAGACCUCGUACGUCAAGUUCUCAAACGAGUUCGAAGUUCAGCGGUGGGCGACCGAACUGGCGCUUGAGAAAUUCUUCACCGUUCCGACCCUGCGGACCUUCGUCAGCAUGCUGCUCUUCGACAUUCAAAUCGACGCCGGCACUUCACACGGAAGCUACAUCUCGCACCUGUUCGCGGACUUGGCGCCCCUGCGGGAACGAAUGCGCAUCGACUGUCUGACGAUCUUAUCCGAAGUUAUCCAGCGCUGCCCGGGUCGUCUAAGCUACGAAGCUCUCGAAGCGUUACAAGUGGCACGCGUCUUCUCGCACUACCCCAUUCGCAAUUCGAUUCAGUACGAGCUGCUCGACGACGCGAACACAGGACACUUUCGCACAACCCUUGAAUUGCUGCUGUCGGAGCAUGCCAAACGAGCCGAGCGCAUUUUGCAGCUCUCCGUCGUCUACUGGUGGACCGCAUCAAGGCAUCUCGACACUGCUCCCGUGCGCAAGGUUGUCGCUGUCACGAACUACGCGUUCUACAUUUUGGAUAAACCCGCUGGCCUGCGCGAUCCGCACACCCCAGAGGUCGAGUACGACUACAGGAAAAGCGGCAGAAUUCGAAUCGACGUGAAGAAGAACUUCCGCGACAUGACGCGCGUCGUUAAGGGCGGGCUGAGCAACGACUGGCUGGCUGUCGGCUGGCGGGAGCCUGCCGCCAACGGCCUAGCUUUUACAGAAGCCUUUGACAUUAUCAUCUGCGACAAACUCCUCGCCGCUGCCCCGAUGAUUGAUUGCCUGCAUGCAAUUUCCGGACGCGUCGACGAAGAGCGCGUGGAAGUCUUGAAGGACAUGGUCACCCGCGAGGCCAUCAGUGCGAUCGUGAAGCCGAAGGUCAUCCAGGCGGCUUCCAUGGCAAUGCGGCAGCCCACUAGCCCAGAAGCAAGGAAAGAGAAAUCGAAGCCCGAUUUCAGUGCCCGUUACCAAGCUCUCUUCAUCAUCACGCUUCAGUAUAUCUACGAGGUUGUGGUUGCCUGGAAAUUCUGGUUCUGCCUGGAUCCCCUUAUCAGCAAGGAAGCUGGCGGCUUGCGAGGAGCCGAUGAAGAGGAAGGCGAGGACGAGCCAGUGCGGCUGCACGGCGUAGAAGCUGAGGGCGGCGGCCUCGGAAACUUUGUCGGCUGGAUGGAAGACGAAGACGAGUCCUGGGCUCACGACCACAUGCAAAUCGAUCGCGCCGCCGCUAUCGAGAACGGCGCGGAGGUCCCGAGUUGGGUAGACAACAUGUUCGGCGGCGGCGCGUCCGCCUCGCACACGCGGCGGUUGGACGCCGCUCGGGCCAAGCUCUUCACGGUCAAGUUCAAAGGGCAGAUUGAAGACAUUCGUCAGGUCGAGUUCGGAGGGAAUGAGGAGAGCACAGUCGAGAUGACCUUCCGCGAAGGCAAGGGGUCUGAAGCGAAGAACAACGUGGUCAGCGUCGUGUUUUCGGACGACGCGGCUCGAGAGCAGUGGCGGCGUGCCCUCGCGAAGGCUCUCAACAAGACCGAUGCUUCCGACUCAUGGAUGCGUCGGUGGAAAUCCUGA